AUGACUCUGGAUCUCUCGGUAUACCUGGUCACCGACUCAACCCCGGCUAUCCUCAAGGGCCGUGACCUGUGUGCUGUCGUCGAGGAAGCUGUCAAAGGAGGUGUGACGAUUGUCCAAUAUAGAGACAAGAAAAGUGACACGGGCGUCCAAGUAGAGACCGCCAAGAAACUGCACCAAAUCACCAAGAAGUACAAUGUCCCUCUGCUCAUCAAUGACCGUGUGGAUGUCGCUCUUGCGGCUGGUGUAGAGGGUGUCCACUUGGGCCAAGAUGACAUGGCUAUCGAGGUAGCCAGGAAGCUUCUCCCCGAGAAUGCCAUCAUCGGCAUCAGUGCCUCCUCUAUCGAGGAGGCGCAGAAGGCUGUUGCUGCAGGUGCCGACUACCUCGGAAUCGGCACCAUGUUCGCUACUCCGACGAAAACCAACACCAAGUCCAUCAUUGGUACAGCCGGCACCCAGGCCAUUCUUGAGGCCAUCUCGGAGUCGGGCCGCAAUGUUGGAACUGUCUCCAUUGGUGGAAUCAACGCUUCCAAUGUCCAGCGCGUUCUCUACCAGUCCCGCGCUCCCCAUAAGGCCCUGGAUGGCGUUGCGAUCGUCAGCGCCAUCAUGGCUGCAGAUGACCCGAAGGCCGCGGCUGCUGAGUUCGUGAAGCUCGUCUCCAGCCCUCCCCCUUUCGUCCGGAGCGAGGCUGUCACCCCUGCCCGUGACACCUCCGCACUGCUCGAACAGGUGCCUCAGGUGGUCCAGGAAGUCGUCAAGGGCCACCCCCUGGUACACAACAUGAUCAACUAUGUUGUGGCCAACUUUGUCGCCAAUAUCGCGCUAUCCAUGGGCGCGUCGCCAAUUAUGUCACCGUACGGAGAUGAAGCCGUCGAUCUCUGCCAGUUCGACGGUGCCCUGGUCAUCAACAUGGGCACCCUCACGAGCGAGAGCAUCCCCAACUACCUGAAAGCCCUGAAAGCAUACAACGUGCGCGGCAACCCCGUAGUGUACGACCCCGUUGGCGCCGCAGCCACCAGCAUCCGCCGUGGAGCCGUUACCCAGCUCAUGGCCGGCGGGUACUUUGACCUCAUCAAGGGCAACGAAGGCGAGAUCCGUCAGGUGUAUGGCAGCAGCGGCGUAACGCAGCGUGGUGUCGACAGCGGACCCAGCAACCUCGACAGCCACAAAAAAGCCCAACUGGCACGUGAUCUCGCCAGGAGAGAACACAACAUUGUUCUCCUCACCGGCGCCACCGACUAUCUCAGCGACGGAGAGCGCGUCGUCGCGGUCUCCAAUGGCCAUGAGCUUCUCGGCCAAGUGACAGGCACCGGCUGUGCCGUAGGCACCGUCUCGGGUGCCUUCUUGACCACCCACCCCAAGGACAAAUUCCUCGCCGUGCUUUCAGGUAUCCUGAUGUACGAGAUUGCCGCCGAGAACGCGGCAUCCAAGGACACCGUAAAGGGACCGGGCAGCUUCGUACCGGCGUUCCUGGACGAGCUGUAUGCCAUCCGCCAAGCAGCUCUAAAAGGCGACCACAGCUGGUUCGCCGGACGGGCAAAGGUGGAAGAGAUACAGCUGUAA